AACAGCACGUUCAGGCAAAACUCCACAUUUACUUUGAGCUUGACUGCAUCCUCUCUAUUUGACUUACUGCGAACGCUUUGGGACUGCCGCUCAGAUAUAUUUUGGUCGUUUGCUUUCCUCCAACGCAUUUUCAUCGAAGAAAUAUAUUUGCUGGUAAGAGGAGACCUAAGUGUAGGAUAGAGUACCUGAGUGAACCCAAUUGAAACAAUGUUUGAAAUUGCUCUGACACUAGCCAGGCUGGGUAUACUCGGGCGGUGAAAAGGAAUGUUCCCCGUGGUAUCUGCACCGAAGUGAUUAUCGAGUCGGAUUAAAAGUGGGAGAGCAGAGCUAUACUGUCUUAUUUGACAGUUGAACUGUUGUUUGGACUACAUUCAGAUUGCCCUAAAAUAUGAAAAUGUCACCCCCGGAUCGAAGGAAAAAUAUGCGCGCUCUGGCAUUGGAGAUUGGAAUACGAGUUUUGCUCUUUGGAGUUUUCGUCUUCACAGAGUUCCUGGAGCCCUUUGAGAGAGUGAUCCAGCCGGAGGAGCUGUGGCUCUAUAAGAACCCUCUGGUGGAAUCAGACCACAUCCCGAAGAGGGUGAUGUUUGCAAUUUCAUUCCUCACACCUUUGGCAGUCAUUUUUGUGGUGAAGAUUAUUCAGAGGACAGACAGAACAGAGAUCAAAGAGGCCUGUCUUGCAGUAUCUCUUGCACUGGCUUUGAAUGGAGUCUUCACUAACACAAUCAAGCUGAUCGUAGGCAGGCCCAGACCCGACUACUUCCACCGCUGUUUCCCUGACGGACAGGAGAAUUCCAAGAUGCUGUGCACUGGACAGCCGGACCUGGUGGCCGAGGGCCGCAAGAGCUUUCCCAGUAGCCAUUCGUCAUUUGCGUUCUCUGGCCUGGGCUUCACCUCCUUCUACCUGGCGGGAAAGCUGCAGUGCUUCACGGAUGUGGGUCGCGGGCGCAGCUGGCGUCUCUGUGCCAUGGUGCUGCCCCUCUACAGUGCCAUGAUGAUCGCACUGUCACGCACCUGCGACUACAAACACCACUGGCAAGAUGCCUUUGUGGGAGGAGUGAUUGGCCUGAUCUUUGCCUACAUCUGCUACCGGCAGCACUACCCGCCGUUCCUCCACAUAGACUGCCACCUGCCUUAUGCCAGUCUGGCCGCUGCCCACCCGGUGCCCGCUGCCCAGGAGGACGCGCAGCCCACCGACAACGCCACCAGUCUGCCUCUGGAAGGCCUCACCGAGGGGCCCGUAUGACCACCAGUAGCCUCCACUCCAGCCAAGGCCAAUAUCAACCUGUAGCGUCCAGCUCUGCAGUGUGACGACCAUGCAGACAAACUGACUUGCUCUUCAACAUUCCAAUGAAUAGUACUCCCUUUUUCUUUUUCUGUGUUCCCUAUCCUUCGCCUUCAUCUUUUAUUUCCUCUUUUCUUCUGUUGGUGUCUAAAUCAGCUGUCUCUUUGAGCUAUAUUUAGAUGUUUUUGUGUAUUGGUGGAGAAUGUGGGACAACUUUCCAGAGAGGCAAGGCAGAAAACAAAUUAAGACAAAACAUGAUUAAGAAGUCACUUAAGAAAUGUUUGGGAAAUGACAUUUCACUGCACUCAUUAAUUUUGAAUAUCCAUUAUUUUUCAUUGGUGCUGUAGCCAUUUUCAUUUACACCUAAUGACAUGCUUGACUGGGGAAAUUUGAGUAACUUGUACAAUAUCGUCGUUAUGGAUUCUCUCAAUAAUUCUGGUAUUGAUUUAGUGUAUUAAAAUCAAGUUAAAGCCCAAAAAGACAUUUCUUUUUCAUUUUAGACAUAAUAGAUUUUGGUGUCUCUGCAGUAAUAGUGUGCAAUGUCUGGUCUAAGUCAUCUGAAUUUUUUUUCCUCCUCUUGAAAAGCUCUUUUUCUGAUAACCAUCUCAGCCACUGGGGACAGCCAGCGCAUUCCCACAUUCUCUUGGUGGAGCCACUUGUUGUCUGUAGCAACAUAAUGAUAAAUAUAGAUCUGAUGCAUUUUGUCUGCAGCACGUUGGACCAUGUCCUGGAGAUUGCCUCUUUUGUUUCCCACCUCUGUUUCUAUUGGAUGCACUUGCUUCUGCUUUCUCCCACUUUGUUCCCUGACCACCCCUCGUCAGUGGACCCUCUGCGCCAUUUCUAUUGUUAUGUAGACUUCCUCCUACCUAAUAAGGUCAUUUAUCAUUUACCUUCUCUUUUAUGCACUUCUCGCCAUUGUUCUUACUGUAGCUCUCCACCAAUGUGCUCCAAAUGUUUUACGUUGGACACUCACUGGAACAUUUUAGCUCUCAAAUUUAAAUGCAGAUUAAAGUUAAAUGGGGCCAAUCAAUAAUAAGCUGGUGCAGCCAGCGUAGAGGGCUUGGGCAGAGGGGGGCACAAAUCCCAAUCAGAUCUGCAAUUAAUCCUCAUAAAUCUGAAGAGGGCCAGUAUGGCCUUGGAGGACUAUAAAAAAUGUUAUAGUCCAAAGACCAUUUGAGCAUAGGGGAUGAGGAGAAUUUGAUAUUUCACCACCGACACAGGCAAAUGGGUUGUGUCCCUCAAGGAAGGUCAGAGCCUUCACAAGGAGCACUUGAAGAGACAUUGGUACAUGUAGGUUGUAUUGAAAGAAUUACCAUCCAGGGCAAGCUUAUUCAUAUGGCUGAUUUACGAGGCAUAUGCUGUAGGUUUUUAUCUGCUGAAGUCCAUUAUUGUUCUGUAUACAAAACUCUCGUAGAAAUAUCCUUGGUAUUACUCUGUAACCACCUGUAAUUACAGACCUGUUCACAGGAAAGUACAAUAGGAUGUUGUAGGAGGGGUGUCUCUCCGACUUAAUACAGAAAUCCUUGCCUUUUUUCUCCAGCCAAAAGCAGUUAAGCCCAGGAGAGAUCCUUUGGAUUUGAGAAAGUACUGAACAUCCACAAACUCUACUCGCACCCCCAGUGACAGAGAGAAAGCCCAUCAUGUAUUUGAAGAAUAAGCGAAGUAAUGGGGGUUUAUAGUGAAGGAUUGGCGUGCCUUUAUUAAAGUGCACUGAUUGUCUACUCUCAGUCCUGGUGGCCUAUAACUGAUGGCCUUCACUUAUAUUUUGUUUUACUGUUAUAACUGUCUGACAAAUGUGUAAAUGCUAAGGUAUAAUCCAUUAUUUUCUAUAUGGAGAGAUAUGGAGACCAUUAAAGUGACACGGAUAUUCUAAUUGUAUAAGGACAGAGUAAAAUGGGUAGGCUGGAAUUGCCUCUUUCUAUCUGACAGAUGGGGGAGAGGAGAUCCUGAGAGCUCCAUUGAGUCCCCAUGGUGUGGAAAUCCCUCGACGGUCAGAUCAUUUCUUUAAAACAGAUAGCAUCGAGUGAGAGCCAUGGUGCUUGAGCAGAUAUUCUGUACUGUCAAGUGUGCCCUGCACCUAUGUUCCAUACAGUUGUGUAACAUUUGAGAGUAUUUUUAGAUAUGGCUUAUAGCACUUACGAUAUGUAUAGAUGAGUAGCAGGGAGCAUCUUCUCCUACAGAGAGUGGAAAGCGAUAAAAAAAGUGAGUACACUAGAGGGAGGGAAAGAGAGUUUGUGAGAGAGAGAGUGAGGGGGGGAGAGAGAAGGGGGGGUUGUAUUUGAGCGAGCAUUCUGUUUUAAACAUGAAAUGGAGGAAACUUCAGCUGUUCAGACUCUUCCUCUGUGAUGGAUGUGAGUGUCAUGGUUUGGUUGCUAAGCAGUGUGCCUGGAAGCAGCACAGCCUCCUGCAGAGAUGUUCCGAUUCAGACCCUUAUAUUGCACACCUUUUUUCCGAGCUCUCAGCAGCCCCACUUUAGGAACCUGCAGUACAACUGUAACUGUAGUCUAAAAGAUCUAAAGACGUGAAAGAUUCUGUAGUUGGUUUUACAGCCUGAUUCUGGUCUAUUCCCUCUACCAGCUUUCCUUUCCCUAAGGUUUGGUUCCUCCUCCAGCAUUGUUCUCAAAGUGCUUUCCAUUUCCCAUUAAGAUGCAUUUUCAUUAUCCCGAUUUUCAUUAGAUAUAUGCUAUUUAUAUAUUCAAGAGUAACUAUAAAAUAAAUACAUUAAUGUGCUGGAUGUGGUUUGUUUCUGUUGAUUGUUGAUUGAUCAGUGUGACAAUGUAUGAUAUUGAUGCUUUAUUGGUUUAUUUCAAACUGCACACAUGGGGACCGUGUUAUCUCUCCAACUGUCAUAGUAAAUGACUUUCAUAACAAAAGCUACCAAAUAAAUGCGACGGCUCUCCUUGGAUCAGAAUUAUGAUAGCAUUAGCUCAGCAUCAUCAAACAUGGCAUGCCAGUUUCCAUUUGUGAAAAGAAACCAUUUUUGUAUGGACUAGCAUGUCUGGCCUUGAGAGUAUUUUGAAUCAUGUUUUGUUGUUUAUACUGUCUAUGUAGAAAGUACGAUGAUGUUUAAACGCAUGAGCAUAGUCUAUCAAUGAAAAUAAUGGGUGGUUAAGUGGACGUAUGUUGUAUCAUGAAAAGGACAUUUGCACUACUGAUAUGUUGAAGCUGCUAGAAGAUGAGAAAGUUUCAACCUAUGAAAACUCGUGGGAAUAUAUUUCACAUUCUGAUGUGACUCUUGAUGCUCCACUAACAUAAAAAAAUAAACUCCUAAUGGCUUGCCCAAGAUUGUAAAAAUGGUUUAUGAAUUCAAAUAGAUAUGUACAUGACCUGUGACCUUAUUCCUCACAAAUCAUGAUAAAUGUUCCUUGGGAUUUGGGUCUGGAAAGCAACCUAAUGUGUUAUUCUGUGUUCACAGUAAAGGUGUGUGUUGUGUCGUUAAGCAUCAAGCUGCACUUAAAUGUGGGAAGUUUCCAAUAAACAUGAUGUACGGUACAGAGUUUCAUCUUUUCUUUGGGUUGAGAGUGGUUAUACUU